GGGAGCAUCGUUACUUUAAUAUCAAGUGCUUGUAAUGGGGCAGGUUGUCAAAAAUUUACCAUGAGAUUAUUCGGAGGUUAUAUUAUCGGGGCGCAACUUAACCAAAAUGGUGAUCAAAUGAAUGUCGGCGGAUGUGGAAUGAAUAAACUCAGAUCACAAUAUACAAGCUGUGAAGUAGAUUUAAUGUACGCUGUAAAACAAGGAAUGGGAUACGAUUGUUCUUGUCAGAUAGAGCACUGUUUGCAACAUCAAGCUGACGCAGGACUAUGCAAAUCCAAUGACAAGUGUUAUAUCCAUGUUACUGAUAAUAAAAAUUCCACAGCUAACUGUAAACGAGGGUUAAAUGGUAAAUGCAAUUGGAAUGCAUGUUAAAAAGGACAACUUGUGCAACAGAAAUGAAAAUAAAAAUAUGUUUUGUG